AAGAAAGAAAAAAUCAAUUAAUGUGCAGAAUAAAUUGUCAAUCGUGUCAAAUUUUUCAAGAAAAAGCUUGAUUAGGCAUACUAAAAAAUAAAUAAUAAAAGACAUUAACAAUAUUUAAAAAUAUAUUUAUAAAAAAAAAAAAUUUAGAAAGACUGAAUUGCAUGUAAAAUUUAUUUUUAUAAGCAAACGAACAAAACAUGAAUCGCCGUUCUCGUAGCAUCUCGCCACGUCGCUAUCGUAAUGGCACUAACAGCGGCGGAGGAGGAGGUUAUCGUCGCUAUAGCAGAUCACGGUCCCGUUCAAGAGAACGUAGUCGCGACCAAAGCCAUCGUAGACGAAAUUCACGAUCACGUAGUCGCGAUCGCAAUUAUCGUCGUGGAUCCAGCAAUGAAAAAGAUCUUUACCGUGAUAUUAUUAAUUCAGACUACCAGGAUGACCGAACUUACGGCUACUCCCGAGGAGGCAGUAGUGGAAGUUAUCGAUCUCGUAAUGAUGACAACUACAAUGAUGACCGCUGCGGAGAUAAUUACGGCUGGAACGAAAGAUCUCGGGACAAAAGUAGUAAAGAUUAUGACCGUGACUAUGAAAGGGAUAGAAAGCGUCAGAGUAGCAGCAAUAAUGGCGGAGGCGGUGGAGGGGGAAGGCGGUAUAAUUCUACGGAACGAGAUCGUGACAGUGACGAAAGUGACGAUAACAUUAGCGGUCAUUUUUAUAAUAAGACACCUUCAAAUACAAUAAUCGUUUUGGGUCUGCAGUCACAUAUCACCGAAGCUGACAUUAUGAGCGCUUUAAUACAAAUGGGAAUGUCAGCUGCUUCUAUACGUUUAAUACGUAAACGCACUACAGGUGCAUCACGUGGUUUUGCAUUCGUCGAGUUUAAUACGGUUGAUGAAGCUGCACAUUGGAUGGAUUUAACUCAGGGUUCACUACAGUUACAGGAAACUUGUCGAGCUACGUUACAGUACAGUCACUCGCGGGAACAGUCGGGCAAAUCGAAAAGCCACGCUACCGAUUGGUAUUGCGGCAAGUGCGGCGUUUUUAAUUUUAAAAGACGUGACAAUUGCUUCAAAUGUUGUGCAUCACGUGAAGAGAGCGAACGCGGCGGAGAAGGUAGCGAUGAAGUUAGCAACAUCCUCACGAAAAAAAUAAUGCUACGUAAUUUGGAUGUGCUAACCAACGAGGAAGGAGUUUUAACUGCCAUACAGUUGCAUGCUCCCGAAUUGGCUAAACGGAUUAGCAAAGUCCUAAUAAGUCGUGAUGCACUCACGCAAACAUCCAGAGGAAUAUGUUAUUUGCACUUUGAGACUCUCGUGGAUUCAAUGAGCCUUCAUAAUGCUCUAAGUACGUUAGAACCACCGCUGAAAAUAGACAAUAGAGAAAUUAUAAUAACAUAUUGCAUUGAUCAUGAAAAUCGCCAAAUUGUACCUAAGAAGGGAGGAGACUCGUCUAUAACAGCGAACAUGUCUUCUAGCAGUAACUCAGCAAAUGCUAGUGGUCUUAUGGGUCCUUUGACGGCAGCUGAAAUGGCGGCUUCCACUUCAGGAGGUUCAGUUGUGGGCGGUCAAUAUACCGUUGCCGAUGUUCCACGCUUGGCCGAAUAUAGUGCUUCCGUUUACGCUACUACUCCAGCUGAACAUGCUCAUUAUUUGCAAUAUUAUACAGAAUAUUAUAUGUCAGAAAUUAGCAAAGGUUCGUUCGGCAAUUUACCCACAGAUGCUCAAAUGACUGAGGCCAAUUCUGGAGCAGCUGUCGCUCUAUCUGCUAUCCAGCGGAAGCAAAAGAAAAUGAAUAGUAUUGAAACUACUGCCACAGCUGCGGCGGCGGCUGCUGCUAGCGCGGCAGCAGCUGUAAAAGCUUCACUAGCAGCCCGUUCUGUUGUAACACCUAGAGGAAAUGAUGGAAAAGUUUAUCCCACUCCCGAUGUAUCCUUGUACCAAUAUGAUGAGACGUCCGGUUAUUAUUAUGAUCCUACAACAGGUCUUUAUUACGAUGCCCAUUCUCAAUAUUAUUACAAUAAUGAGACAGGAGCCUACCUAUAUUGGGAUCAACGGAAGAGCACGUAUGUCUUGGCAACCCCUGCAGCAGCAGCAGCCACCGUUCAAGAUGUUGUAAAACAAGAAACUAACGAUGAAGCGAAAGCUUCUUCUCCCUCUACAAAUAAUACUGAUGAUGACUUAAAUAAAAAAGAGAAGAAAGAUGUUCAUAAACAUGAUAAGGUAAAAGUCGCUAAAAAGAUUGUGAAAGACAUGGAAAAGUGGGCAAAGCAGCUGAAUCAGAAAAAAGAUUAUACUGCUGUAGCUACACCCCAACCAAUACUUGCUUCGAAAAAUGAUGAUGUCUUGAAGAUCUCUUCUACGAGUGGCGCCUCCACUUCCGCUAGCAGCGGUUACGCAGACGUUGGUUUUUCCAUUUUGGAAAAGAAAAGCACAAAAUUAGCUGGUAAUUUUAUGUCACCAGUACAUGAAGCCGUUAAUAAUAAAAUUAUACCAGCUUAUGGUUCAGAUUCAGAAGAAGAUAAUAACCUGCCAGCCGGACCGAAAUCAAACUCUACUGCUUCAGCGGACACGGCUAGCGAAAAAGAUUAUGUAGACUUUCAAAAACUUACCUGUUUAUUAUGUAAAAGAGCUUUUCAGUCUUUGGAUAUUUUACAAAAACAUUUGAAAAUGUCAAAUUUACAUAAAGAGAAUUUGGCCAAACACAAUAUGGAACGUGGCUUUAACCGAACACAAUCUGAGCCUGAUUCUUUGGCGGCUGCUUUAUCAUACCGCGACCGAGCUAAGGAAAGACGACAAAAAUAUGGUGAAAGUGAUCCACCACCACCCAAUCGCAGUCGCGAACGUUUCGAAACCGAAAUAUCAAAAAUGAGUUCGCGAAGCUCCGAAACUACACCUGCUUUGCCAAUCGGUUCUAAUAAUGUUGGUAACCGUUUAUUACAGAAAAUGGGCUGGUGCGAAGGGCAAGGGCUAGGACGUAAAAAUCAAGGACGUACUAGUAUUAUUGAAGCGGAUGCACGUAAUAGCACAGCCGGUUUAGGUACAAAAGGUGGCGGCAUUGGCCCUGGUGACGACUACAAAACGUAUAUUAAGAAAAUGAUGAAGUCACGCUAUGAAUCUGUGUGAUGUUCUAUAUAGCAUGUUUACAAAUGGUUGAGUUAUUCUCUAAGAAUGAGAUUUUUAGUUGUAGAUAUAUAUAUAUAUUUUUUUUUAAUUCCCUUUUUACGUAUAUAGAACGUAAAUUUCUUCCUUUCCAGUCUUUUCUAGUACAUUUCUAAAUAAUUUUUAACAUCAGAAAAUAUUUCACAAUAAACUAUUAAGAACAACA